AUGGGUUUGAUUGAUGGGUAUCAUAUGAUGGUUAUAUCGCAAUACUUUUCUACAUUUGUUGACUUCAUUAGUUUGGAAUUUGUCUGCAAGAAGUUUAAUACCAAUAUGUUAAAAUUUCACCAUAACCUGAUUCCGUUAACAACGAAAACAAUAAAAUUCUUUUCGAAAAUAGAAACACUCAACAUUUGGUCCAAAAACAACGAAACUUUUAGUAAUAUGAAUUUUAGAGUAAUUCCGAGCAAUCAUCAAGAUAAUAUCGACUUUUUUGCGUUAAGAUAUGGUGUCCAAUUAAUUACGACUUGUUUCAAACGAUAA